AUGGACAACAGCGAAGUAGACGAUGGCGGUGCUCACAACACACCCAGUACACGCACCUAUCGACUCCAUAAUAGACGUCGACCUUGUGAUCAAUGCCGUGUCCGCAAAGUUCGAUGUCAAAUCGAGGAUGGCAAACCGCACUGCCGUCGAUGCGCGCAGUCUCAGACUCAAUGUAGUUUCGAAGGGCGAUCAAGACGCACGACACGACAGAGUAGGACUAGAUCUGUCUCUAGCAGUGCUCAUUCACUAGCUGUUAAUCAUGUCCCCCAUGAUGAUACGUUGGGCCUUGACAACUCGUUCGAUAUAGAACAUGUUUCAGCCGAACAACACUUGGCGUCUGAUGGACCAACGAUAUUCGCAGCCACUCCUUCGGUGUUCCCGCACGAGACCGAGGCCCCGUAUCAUCAAGCACAAACACUUGGUAGUGUCACAGCUUCAACGCAGCUGCAAUUCUCAAGGUCACUGGAUGAUAUACAGGGACAGACAUCAAUCCUUCUGGGAUCCUCCUCCGAGUCCGAUCCGUGGCUACUACGUCAUUGUCAGUUCGACGAGUAUGGGCUCAGAAGCUUCUAUGGUCUGCAGUUCCGCAACAUUGGUGGAGUUCCAAAUCGGCAGAAGAUUCCUGUGCACUUUAUCGUGACCUCAAAGUUGACAAAUGAGACGACUUUCAAUAAGAUCAUGUCUUUGAGAUCCAGUUUGAAAGGGCUCAUUCCGGUAUCAUGGGGCAUCAGGCUUAUUAAGCUGUUCUACAAACAUGUCUACCCUCUGAUGCCUAUUAUGUCUUCCACUUACUUUAGCCAGGAGUUACUCAGUAACCCACUUCCCGGUCCGGAUGCCCUUGAACAUGUUCCCUGCCAUUUACUCGGCGCUAUUUACGGUCUUGCUUUACCGUUUGCCCGAAACGAUGAGCACCUCUCCGUCAUUGAGAUGCAUCAACAGUUACCCAGCAAAGACGUCUGGCACAUUGUACACGAAAGUCUACAAGAACACCUACGAAAUCCAGAUCUCAGUGUUUUGCAGGCAGGUAUUAUGUACCUCCAUGCAACUACGAAUCACAACUUCACCACCGCGCCAGACGCAUUCAAGUGGACUUGGCUGGGAACUUUGAUAGGUAUAGCACAGAAUCUGGGUUUACAUCUUGAGACUCGUAUGUGCGCCGUUCCUGCUGAAGAAAAGCAGCUGCGUGCACGCCUGUGGUGGGCUUUAUACACUGAGGACAAGUGGAUAUCAUUACUUAUGGGUCGUCCUCCAUACAUUUCUGAAGAUGAGUGGGAUGUUGGUGAAUUGGAAGAUAAUGAUUUUACCAUUCCUUUGAUUAUUCCAUGUACGGAUACUGGACAUGCUGAGUUGACGAGGCCCUUUCGGGAUAUGGCUCGUCUCUCGGUGAUUGCGCACUCGGUGCAGUCUUCCUUCUAUUCGUUGAAAGCGUCGCAAAAGCUUUCAGAGAACCUGUCACUUUCUAUCCAGACAGCGCAGCCCAUAUUCGAACAACUGAGCUCAUGGCGCGCUUCGGUGCUAGCCCCAGAGUCACCAACAAUAACAAGUAACAAUGGCAUGCUCAAUGACAAGGCAUCAUAUCCGGCAGCAAUCCUCAUCGCACACGCCACUUUGGUUACGUAUGUGUGGAGAGCUCUUCUACGACCCAUCGUGCCAUCAGCUGUACCGCCACUUGUUGUCGAUGAUCAACAGCUUGCUGAAGCGUCUCUGUUCAUGGAACUCCAGUCGCGUGAUGUAGAAAACCUCUGCUGGGAUAUACCGGAUCUCUCACAUCUUGAAUUACCACUAAGGAGCUCCACCGAUGGAACUAGGUCACAUCAUACAGUCAUUCAGAACCUCCAUCAGUCUUCCUUGGCAUGGGCUACCAGCCUGUCGAGUCUAGUCAAAAACCUAUCACCUGCUCGUUUCCACGAGUUUUGGUAUUCUUGGUCGAAUGUCUGUUUCGCGGUUAUGUCAAGUUUUGCCAUGGUUGUCUUUAUCCAAUCUCCUACACAAGAAGCGGGGGCGAGGUCCAAGGAUAUGCUGAUGGCCUGGCGUCAGGUCACAAGGGACCAGAGCAAAGUGUCUCCAUUGUUGCUACUGACGUUGGCGCGAAUCGAUGGAUACUUUGCCGCUGGUCUUUCUGACGUAUUUUCUCUGCCAGCCCAUGUCGAAGCGGCGCUUUGA